UCAGUGUCUUUCUGGUCUUCGCCGUGUGUUGUUCUCAGGAUGGAAGCCGCACCAAAAAUCAUCAAAUACUUCGGUAGAACCACUGAUUUCCAUGGAAAAACCUUGUGGGAGUUGGUGGGGAGUCUGAAGAACUUCGGCGUGGGCAGAAUAGUUGUGAGGAACAUGUUCGAAAGGUAUCCUGAGCCUUCAUACUACCGCAUUCUCAAAGUGGAAGCGCUGCCAAAUGUCGAGAACAGUGAGGAUCCUCUGGAGGCGAGGAAGGUAUCGGUGACUGUGGAGAAGACCCACAGAGGAAAGCUGUUGGCCAAACCCUUAAAAAUCAUGGCGACAUCGUACAAAUCUGACUACAAAUUGAUUCCGAAGCACGAGGAAGAGAACUAUUGCCGAAUGCCGAUUCUGAGAGAGGUGAAAGUCUUCCCCAGGACCAUCGAUCUGCCGCCUCUGCUGCGGGAGUUUGUGAAGGACGAGACGGGACAAGAGAAUCCGCAGAUCCCACUGAUACUCAACGGGAAAGGGUACAAAUGCUAUCGCAUGGCGGAGGAGGGAGAAAAGCCCACUGUUGAUGUCGGCAUGGGGUUAGGAGUUCCCGCAAAUCCGCGACUCUAUGAAAACAGUGUGGUGAGUAAAUAGGUAAUUUAUUUCGUUGAGAACUUUACCUUACAAUCUAAAAUGCAUUCGAGCAUUACACGUUUAUCUCUGGCGUUUGUGCCAAAGAGCAUGAGAUGAUAAAUUGUUAGUACACGCUUCCUCGGAAUGGAGAAGACAUCAACUGGAUUAGUGGAAAUAAAUAAUUCUAGCCAUUA